AUGGAAUCCAAACCAAAAGAAAAGAAGCCCAAGAAUGCAGAUCAAGACUCAUCAAGUGAUACAGAUGAUCAUGAUCAUCUAUUGCAAGGUUUACCAAAUCAUCUUACCCAUCUUUGCCUCUCCAGAACUAACCCUUCAAACCUCUACUCUGUUUGCCGCUCAUGGCGUCGCUUAAUCUACUCCCCUCACUUCCCACCUGUCUUCUCUCUCUAUGCCAUUCUCUCCUCAACCCCAUCACUACUACCUGAUCAUGAUCAUGAUCAUGAUCAUCAUGAAAACCAACAUGAUCACCAACAAAAUUCAAUAGAGUUGUACUCACUAGACCCCUUCUCCAACUCAUGGAAACCCCUCCCUCCUCCUCCUUUGCCUCUCCACUUCCUCCACAACCACCCUUCUUUCCUCUCCCGGAAAUUCCCUAUCCAAUCCCUCGCCGUCUCCCGUCACGGCCUUGUACUCAUAGCCGGCACCGACCACCGCCUUCUCCCCGCGCUUUCCGCUCCGUUAGUAUUCCUCCCCACGACCGGCCAAUGGCUCCGCGGCCCUCCGGUAUUGGAGCCGCGUCGUUGGUGUGCAGUCGGGUCAGCCGGUGGUUCGGUUUACGUGGCAAGCGGGAUCGGGUGCCGUUACAAAGGGGACGUGGCGCGGUCGAUGGAGAAGUGGGACAUGGAAGAAGGGAAAGUGUGGAAGUGGGAAAAGAAGGCGAGUAUCAGGGACGGUAGGUUUAGUAGGGAAGCCAUUGAAAUGGUGACGUAUAAAGGGAAGUUUUGCAUGGUGAACGUGAAGGGGCAUGCAGCGAAAGAUGGGGCGGUUUACGACGUGGAGAGAGACGUGUGGGAGGAGAUGCCGGCGGGAAUGGUGGCGGGGUGGAACGGGCCGGCGGCGGCGACUGAAGAGGAGGAGAUGUACGUGGUGGAUGAGAGUAAGGGGGUUUUGAGCAAGUACAAUGGAGGAGAGGACAGGUGGGAGAAGGUGGUGGAGGCGGCGGAGCUUAAAGGUGCGGAGCAAAUAGCGGCUGGAAGGGGGAGAGUUUGCGCGGUCUGCGAAAACGGGAGGAGGAUCGCGGUGGUGGACGUGACGGCCGCGCCUGCAACGGUUCGGAGGGUGGAGCCGCCGCGGGCACUUCCCGUAGUAGCCGUACACAUACUGCCUCGGAUGAGUAAUAUUUGUUAA